CCGCUUCUCCUCAGUUGCUUUCCUCCAGCCGCAACCAUUGACGCCAUGUCUGGAUACUCGAGUGACAGAGACCGCGGCCGGGAUCGAGGGUUUGGGGCCCCUAGGUUUGGAGGAAGUAGAGGAGGACCUCUAUCUGGAAAGAAAUUUGGAAACCCUGGGGAGAAACUCAUUAAAAAGAAAUGGAAUCUCGAAGAACUGCCCAAAUUUGAAAAGAAUUUUUAUCAAGAACAUCCUGAUUUGGCUAGGCGCACAGCACAAGAGGUUGAUACAUAUCGAAGGAGCAAAGAAAUUACAGUACGAGGUCACAACUGCCCAAAACCAAUUCUAAAUUUCUAUGAAGCAAAUUUUCCUGCAAAUGUCAUGGAUGUAAUUGCAAGGCAGAACUUUACUGAACCUACUGCUAUCCAAGCCCAAGGCUGGCCUGUUGCUCUAAGUGGGUUGGAUAUGGUUGGAGUAGCACAGACUGGAUCAGGGAAAACACUGUCUUAUUUGCUGCCUGCCAUUGUCCAUAUAAAUCAUCAGCCAUUCCUAGAGAGAGGUGAUGGGCCUAUUUGUUUGGUGCUGGCGCCAACUCGUGAACUGGCCCAACAGGUACAGCAAGUAGCUGCUGAAUACAGUAGAGCAUGUCGUCUAAAAUCCACUUGCAUCUAUGGUGGUGCUCCAAAGGGACCACAAAUACGGGACUUGGAAAGAGGUGUAGAAAUUUGCAUUGCAACACCUGAAAGACUGAUAGACUUUUUAGAGUGCGGGAAAACUAAUUUGAGAAGAACAACUUACCUUGUGCUUGAUGAAGCAGACAGAAUGCUUGAUAUGGGCUUUGAGCCUCAAAUCAGGAAGAUUGUUGAUCAGAUAAGACCUGACAGACAAACCCUAAUGUGGAGUGCAACUUGGCCAAAAGAAGUGAGGCAGCUUGCUGAAGACUUUUUGAAAGAUUACAUUCACAUCAACAUUGGUGCUUUGGAACUGAGUGCAAAUCACAAUAUUCUUCAGAUUGUGGAUGUGUGUCAUGAUGUAGAAAAGGAUGAGAAACUUAUUCGAUUGAUGGAGGAGAUCAUGAGCGAAAAGGAAAAUAAAACUAUUGUUUUUGUGGAAACCAAAAGAAGAUGUGAUGAACUUACCAGAAAAAUGAGGAGAGAUGGGUGGCCUGCAAUGGGUAUCCAUGGUGACAAGAGUCAACAGGAGCGAGACUUGGUUCUAAAUGAAUUCAAACAUGGAAAAGCUCCUAUCCUGAUUGCCACAGAUGUUACAUCUAGAGGGCUAGAUGUGGAAGAUGUGAAAUUUGUCAUCAAUUAUGACUACCCUAACUCUUCAGAGGAUUAUAUCCACCGAAUUGGACGAACUGCCCGUAGUACCAAAACAGGCACAGCAUACACUUUCUUUACACCUAAUAACAUAAAACAAGUAAGCGACCUCAUCUCUGUUCUUCGGGAGGCUAAUCAAGCAAUCAAUCCCAAAUUGCUUCAGUUAAUUGAAGACAGAGGUUCAGGUCGUUCCAGGGGUAGAGGAGGCAUGAAGGAUGAUCGACGGGACAGACACUCUGCGGGCAAAAGGGGUGGAUUAAAUACCUUUAGGGACAGGGAAAAUUAUGACAGAGGUUAUUCUAGUCUGCUUAAGAGAGAUUUUGGGGCAAAAACUCAGAAUGGUGUCUACAGUGCUGCAAGUUACACCAGUGGGAGCUUUGGAAGUAAUUUUGUGUCUGCUGGUAUACAGACUAGUUUUAGGACUGGUAAUCCAACAGGGACUUACCAGAAUGGUUAUGACAGUACACAGCAAUAUGGAAAUAAUGUCCCAAAUAUGCACAAUGGCAUGAACCAACAGGCACAUGCAUAUCCUGCUGCUGCAGCUGCACCUAUGAUAGGUUAUCCAAUGCCAACAGGAUAUUCUCAAUAAGACUUUAGAAGUAUAUGUAAAUGUCUCAGUUUUUUCAUAAUUGCUCUUUAUAUUGUGUGUUAUCAGACAAGAUAGUUAUUUAAGAAACAUGGGAGAUGCAGAAAUGACUGCAGUGCAACAGUAAUUAUGGUGCACUUUUUUGCUAUUUAAGUUGGAUAUUUCUCUACAUUCCUGAAACAAUUUUUAGGUUUUUUUUUUGUACUAGAAAAUGCAGGCAGUGUUUUCACUAAAGUAAAUGUACAGUGAUUUGAAAUACAGUAAAUGAAGGCAAUGCAUGGCCUUCCAAUAAAGAUAUUUGAAGACUGAAAAAAAAAA